UAGAAAUUCAAACCGAGAUUUAUAAAAUUAAAGCCUGAAGCUAGAAAAUUGAGCAUACAUGGAGCAUUGAUGUCAUCUGUGGGUGGGGUUCAAAAAGCAUUUCUGUCUGAUUAAAUCUGUGAAGUGUGCUAAGACAAGAUGGCGUGUCUCUCAAGUCCGGUAUAAGCGCCUGAAGCUGAGCAAGAGGGACACACAGACAGACAAGAAGAAUUGUCUGUUCACACACACACUCUCCAAUAUCUUCUUCAAAGAUUCAAAGAGGAAAAAGACACCCAAUAAAUAAAGCUGCACUUCUCCGUUCCUGUCCUCUCCGGUUUGGCCGCUUCUCCCUCAGCUGGUUAGCUUGCCCUUUUCUCCCCCACGUCCCACCCUUCAACUUAUUUUGCACUGUAUGUGCUUGUUUUGGUGUUUUGUGUCCGGGCGUGGUUAACAUGUAUGCAUUUCACAUUUGUUUGCUUUUGGAGUUUUUCCAUUUCUCGUGCCUUUUUCUACCCUGUUUUCUGCGGAAUCAAGAAAAUUAGGGGAUUUAAUGGCAAUGGCUAACCUUAAGUUUUUAGCUUACGUUCAUGUUUUUGUACUUCAUUGAAGAAAAUGCCACGUUUUUCUUUGAAAUGGUUGUAUUCCUGAUGUGUAUGGUGGUUUGCGCUUUGGAUUUUAGUCUGGUAAUAGUAAGUGGUAGCUGAAAAUUUGUUGUCUUCCUGCACAUUGCAACUGGCUUUCUCCUACAGGUCAAACUCAGAUUCAGGCUCUGUGGUUGAAUCUGGCUAAAACGGGGGAGAAAGGGAAGAGGCUUUUAUGAGAUGAACAGCGAUCAACACAUGGAGAUGCAUUACAUAAAUACAAGUUUUCCUUAUUGUGUUCCAGAGAACUCCACAUACUACUUUGAUGGUUCUCAGGCCUAUUUGCAUUACCCAAAUUCUCAGCAAGUUCAUAAUGAGGAAACUACUUACUGGACCAUGAAUAUGAAUUGGUACAAAUUUGGAUUUUCUGGAAUGGAAAGUUCCUAUUACAACCCUUACGAGAGUAGUAACCAUUUAUCAACGAUGGGUCUCACUGAGCAGCAGGAUUUGAACUACCAUGUCAUGACGAAUGCUCAAGAACCUUUAGUGGACAUAGUAGAGUCAGCAUCAGAUGACAAUGCAGCCCCAAGUUUAGAUGCUAACCCCGAAGAUAGCAGUCCAGCACAGCAAGAUGGCUCUAAUGAUCAGGUCAUUUUGGAAGAUGAUAUUGAUCCUGACAACAUGACAUAUGAGGAGCUGCUGGAUUUAGGCGAGACAGUUGGAACGCAAAGUCGAGGUCUUCCCAAAGAACUGAUCGAUCUCCUUCCAACCUCUAAAUACAAGUGCAGUUGGAUUUUCUCCAAAAAACGAUGUGGGGAGAGAUGUGUCAUCUGUCAAAUGAAGUAUAAACGAGGAGACCGACAAAUGAACUUGCCAUGCAAACAUGUGUACCAUUCUGAUUGUGUCUCCAAGUGGCUGGGCAUUAACAAGACAUGCCCUGUUUGCAAUGCUGAGGUUUCUAUUGAUGACCAAACCCGCCGUUGAAGCAGAGAGAAUUCAAAAUUAGAGUGAUGAAAAUGCAAAGUGACCCAGUGCAUUAUAGGAAAAGACAUGCUAAACGGAGGAGUAUGCAUUGAUGAAAUGAAACAAGGCAUGGAAGUACUAUUAGGACAGCCAAAGUAGAGCAUUAAUACUAGUGUUUAUUGUUGCAAUAGUUUUAUGUCUCCUUUUAAAGGUUGGAUUGGUAUUUUUUGCUCUUUCUGCUUACAUAGUGCGGAGUAGUUAGUUUGUAGUAGUAGUGAUUUUUCCUUGAAAGUAAAUGCAUUUUAAAACAUGUGACCUGGGAAUGAAAAUCUUGUAGAGCAGUGUUGAAGUAUUUAUUCAAGAUCUCUUUCUUUUUCCCAAG